UUCUCAAAUCAACCCGCUCUUUCAUUUCAUUCCUCUACAUAUGAGGUCUCCUUCGGACCCCACUUCUCUCCCCACCCCUUGUCUCCUUCCAUUUCGAUCCUUGUCCUUUUUUUUUAUCAUUCUCAUCAAUUGUUACUCGCCUCCGUUUUUCGUUGAGGUAGCUUCAUGAUGACUAGUGUGUGUAUAUGUAAACAAUAAUCCUGAGAAGAUUCACCUGCCAAAGACUUCGAGUUGGAGCACUCCAGAGCAUCGCCGGUUAAUUAAUUUAUUGUUUUUGUUUGUUGCGUUGGAUUUGUCAGGUGGAGGGGCCCUCUUGGAGACGUUUUUUUCUUUUCCGGAUCUGUCGUAACUCGAGUGAGAGACCUACCUAGGGUUUCUUCCGAUUAAAGUCAUCUCCUUGUAUAUAAAAUGGAGAAAGAUCACGACAACUAUCAUUCGGCCGCACCUCCUUUUCCCCAGACCUUUAACUCUCUGCCGCUCGACUGCUCCAAUAAUCAGUCUCAUGAGUAUCCUCUCGGUCACCAUCAUCAUCACAGUCUCAUGAAGUUUCGGAUUGGAGAAGCUUCCGGCGAAACCAGUCACAUGAACAGCGGUGGGAUGGUGGAUUAUAUGCUCCACAACAGCAGCAACACUCCUCACCACCAACAACAACCACCAUGUGGGUUUUAUGGUGCACCCGCAUGUUCUUCUUUUGAUAAGCUGAGUUUUGCAGAUGUGAUGCAGUUUGCAGAUUUUGGACCCAAAUUGGCCCUAAACCAGACCAAGAAUUGUACUGAAGGAGAAGAAGAUCAGUCCGGGAUGGACCCGGUUUUCUUCCUUAAGUUCCCUGUGCUAAACGACAAGUCGCUAGAGGAUCAGAAUAUGAUGGGGACAAGUGCAGGAGGAGAAAACAUAGCAGAAGAAGGAGUGAGAGAUCAGGAUGAAGCAGUAGAAGCUCGAGUUUCAGAUAGUAAUAACAACAAGUCGGGGCAGCAACAUGGGUUUGUAAGAGAAGACAUGAUGGAGAAGAAUAAUAAUAGUAACCCUACAAGCACAGUCCAGGAGAAUAACAAUAAUCAUAAUAACAAGAGCAAGAAGAAGAGACCCAGAACCAUCAAGACCAGCGAGGAGGUAGAGAGCCAGCGUAUGACUCACAUCGCCGUCGAAAGAAACCGUCGGAAGCAAAUGAACGAGCAUCUUCGCGUCCUCAGAUCCCUCAUGCCCGGUUCUUACGUCCAAAGGGGGGAUCAAGCUUCGAUAAUAGGAGGAGCUAUAGAGUUUGUGAGGGAAUUAGAGCAGCUUCUUCAGUGCUUGGAGUCACAGAAGAGAAGAAGGCUUCUGGGAGAAGCUCAUUCAAGGCAAGUUGGGGAUUCUUCUUCUCUUGCAAUACAGUCGCAGCAAGCUCCGUUUUUCCCAGCUUUGCCUUUACCGAAUGAUCAGAUGAAGCUGGUAGAGUUUGAGAGUGGGCUCAGGGAAGAAACGGCGGAGAACAAGUCUUGUGUGGCUGAUGUGGAAGUGAAGCUUAUAGGGUUUGAUGCGAUGAUCAAAAUCCUGUCAAGAAGAAGACCAGGCCAGUUGAUUAAGACUAUUGCUGCUCUCGAAGAUUUGCAGCUUAUUAUCCUCCACACCAACAUCACCACUAUUGAGCAAACUGUUCUCUAUUCCUUCAAUGUCAAGGUUGCAGGUGAUUCAAGGUUCACAGCGGAAGAUAUAGCCAGCUCUGUCCAACAGAUCUUCAGUUUCAUUCAUGAGAACACUGGAAUGUAAUAUCAUCCUUAUUAUUAUUACUGCUGCUGCUAUGUUACCUAAGUUACAUGACAUCUAUAGAUGAGUUGGAUGAUUCAUCUUAUAUUCA